CUUCUUCAUCUAACAAGGCGUUUCCCCCCUCUCUCUCUUUCUCUCUCUCUCUCACCAUUAACGCCCCAAAUCGCACCGACACUCUCCAUUAACGCCCCAAAUCGAUCGCUCCCUCCCUCGCCACAUCCCCGGCUCCUGCCCCGCCUCGCUUUCCUCGGCCUCCGACGCCUCCGCCACCGCGGGAUCGAUCGAUCGAGAUCGAUCGAGGGUAGGGAUACGUGUGGCCGCGGGGAAGAUCCCGGUCGCCUUCGUCGGCGGCGAUGGCCUCUGCCACGAACGGGUUGGUCCCCAUCACGAGGGCGUUCCUCGCGCGCUACUACGAGAAGUACCCCUGCCCCCCCCUCGCCGACGGCGUCGCGCGCCUCACGGCGGAGCUCGGGCGCCUCUCCGACGGCCUCCGUAGGGACUUCCCCCUCGCUCCUGGCGAACAAUUACUAGCACAAGAAGUUGACAACGAACCUGCUCACAAAAUUGAUGAGAAUUUGUGGAAGAACAGAGAACAAAUUGAGGAAAUACUGUAUUUGCUUGAGGAAUCUCAUCGGCCAAAAGGGCUUCGACAGAAGGCGACCCCUGAAGAUGUUGAUAUGGCUGCAGCUCUUGACAGUAUUGAAGUCAAGUUCAAAGACAUUUUGACAAAGUUGGAAAAAUUCCAAGCAAGAAAUGCUGACAACGUCUUUAAUACAGUUAUGACCUACAUGCCACAAGAUUUUCGAGGCACUUUAAUCAGACAGCAGCGAGAACGCUCGGAGAGAAAUAAGCAAGCUGAGGUUGAUGCUGUGGUUAACGCUGGUGGAAGCAUACGCGAUCGCUAUGCUCUGUUGUGGAAGCAGCAAAUGGAAAGGCGGAGACAGUUAGCACAGCUUGGUUCUGCAACUGGUGUAUAUAAGACACUUGUUAAGUACUUGGUUGGGGUACCUCAGGUUUUGUUAGAUUUCAUUCGGCAGAUAAAUGAUGAUAACGGGCCCAUGGAAGAACAAAGAGAACGAUAUGGACCAUCUCUUUACACUCUUACUAAAAUGGUUUUGAAUAUUCGAUUAUUUCUACUUCUUUCUUGGGGGCGUGUUGAGCAACAGAAAAUAGAGACGGAGAAUAUAACCAUUGUACAGCAAGCUGCGGAUGUUUACACCUCGGAGUUUGAAAAAUUCAUCAAAUUCAUAGGUGAGGUGUUUGUGAAUUCUCCGUUUUUUAUAUCUGCAGAGGAUGCUGGUGCUGUUGAAUCAAGGAAUAGUGAUGAAUACAAAGAGACCGCCAUUCCUGCUGGAAAGACGCAUGAGGUCGUUUUGGCAGUUGAUGCUGUAAAUUCGUACAUUGCUUGGGAUUUCUCUCUGAUCCAGGGGACACUUAGCUUGGAUAUCGGUUUCCAUGUGGAGUACGUUAGUCCUACAGGAGAGACAACUCUGAUUUUACCUUACCGCCGAUACGAAUCUGACCAGGGGAAUUUUUGCACAAUCUUGGCCGGAUCCUAUCGACUUGUGUGGGACAAUUCUUACUCGGCAUUCUUCAAAAAGAGUCUGCGAUAUAAGGUGGAUGCGGUACCUCCGGUCAUUGAAACACCACAAGUAGUUACCGAAUCCUGAUGAGAGGAUUAUCAAAGCUUGUGUUAGCAGUAGGCGGUUGUCGGUACCAAUCUUACACUUCAGCCCUAUUUAUUUUGUGCUUUUUUUUUUUUUUUUUUCUUUUGUUUAAUCUCCUGGAUCGAACUCGGUGAAUCGCUGAUUUCAGGCAAAUAGAAUGAGACAUCUGUCUCUACACACAUUUAAAGCAUGAUGAUAUACAUAUCAUUUCCUAUGCAUGUAAUAGAAAUCGAAUACGAAUCAGAGCCCAUGGAUUAUCUAUAUUUUUCAUUCUCCCUCUUUUCUUAUAUUAGGUAUUAAAUGAGAAAGGAAAAAGAAAAAAAUGACCUUCACUGGGUCAACUGUUAAACCUGUUAA